CAAACCAGCCUCAGAAAUAACAAAGUUCCAUCCAACAAAUAAGGUUUCUACCCUAAGAAAGGCCUUUUAGUGCUGUCGGUUCUCGCCCGUUCAUCGUUUGUCUCGCCCGCUCCUCUCGUUACUCGUCCGACAGAGAUAAGUAGACAUGGGAGCCUGUGCGAGCAAACCUAAGGAUUUGGACACACAAGAGGCCCCUAUCCCGGAGGCCCCUCUUUCCCCCAAAAAACCAGAUAUGCAGGCUGCUCCCGAGGAGAAUAAGGAGGAUGGAGAAGAGACAAAGAAGGAAGAGCCAUUGGUAGAUCUAACAGAGCCAGCUCAAGAAGCACCUAAGGGAGAGGAAGUGGUGGUAGAGACAGAGACCCAAAAGGCCGAUGUUGUCUUAGACGAGACCGCCUCAGCAGCUGCGGUUGUGGAAAAAGCGGCCACCGAGGAAGAUAACAAGGCCACAAAGGUCGAUGAUGAAGAUAAGAAGAAGAAGGAAGAAGUAGCGGCUGUUGCCGAUGAGGUUGUUGUUGCCUCUCCUGCUGUUGCUAUCGUGUCGGAGGUUAAAACCGAAACGCCUGCCGCCGCCUAAGUGUCAUUGUACAAAGUUAACAAUCGGUGGAUAUAUAGUUUCACUUAUUUUGUUGUAUUCCAUUUUAUAAUGUUAAUAUGUUUGAGGCUCAAUGUAACAAUAACCCAAAAAAAUGAAAAAUUAAGGGAAAAUCCCAAAAUUAACCAAUUUGUGGACCUCUUUUAUUUCUGAUUUGGAUGUGUGGAU